CUUCGCUUAGGUAUUUUUUUUUUUAUUUUUCUGUGGAUGCGGUCGCCGGAGCUGUUCCUUUCCGUGUUUCGCCUCCUCCUCUCUCUAAUUCUCUCGCUCGCUUGAUCUGAGCCUCUGAACUGCACGGGAAAAGUUUGCUUUUUCUUAGAGCUUUCUCAGGAAACGACGUGGCAAAAAGCGAUGCGUUUCAAGCUGCGAAGCGAAGUCUAGGGCUUAUGGUGCUGUCUUGACCGCGAUCUCUCGGUUUUUCUGUAUGUGCGUGUGAUAUAGUCCGGGCCAAUGGCUUCGGACAAUGGGCAGCAGGCUUGGAUCGAAGUGGAGGGGCCGAAAAUUCCUCCCUAUUUGCGCAAGUUCAAGCUUUAUGAGACUAACUCGAACUUCUAUAUGAUUGGAUGUGACAAGAAGAGAAAUGUUUGGAGACUCUUGAAGAUUGAUAGAGUAGAGCCUUCUGAACUGAACAUGUUCGAAGAUGGUACAAUCUACUCUGAGAUUGAAUGUUCUGACUUGCUAAGACGAAUACAUGAAGGAAACAAGUCUACAGGUGGAAUUAAAUUUGUCACCACUUGUUAUGGAAUUGUGGGGUUCAUAAAAUUCUUGGGGCCUUAUUACAUGUUAAUUAUAACAAAACGAAGGAAGAUUGGCAGCAUCUGCGGACAUGGAGUAUAUGCCAUUGCCAAGAGCGAGAUGAUUCCAGUUCCCAAUUCUACUGUGCUAUCCAAUAUGGAUUGUUCUAAGGAUGAGAACAGGUACAAGAAGCUAUUGAAUUCAAUGGAUCUUACGAAGGACUUCUUUUUUAGCUACUCCUAUCAUGUCAUGCAUAGUCUCCAGAAGAAUUUUUGUAAUCAUGAGACCGGACACAUCCUUUAUGAGACAAUGUUUGUUUGGAAUGAAUUCUUAACUCGUAGAAUCCGCAAUCACCUUGGAAAUACUCUUUGGACUGUCGCGUUGGUAUACGGCUUCUUUAAACAGGUCAAACUUUCAAUAUCUGGAAGAGAGUUCAAUUUGGCCCUCAUUGCCAGGCGAUCGCGCCAUUAUGCUGGGACAAGAUACUUGAAACGAGGUGUGAAUGAGAAGGGUCGUGUAGCUAAUGAUGUUGAGACAGAACAGAUUGUGUUUGAAGAUGUCCCAGAAGGAUGCCCAGUGCAAAUAAGUUCCAUUGUGCAGAACCGAGGCUCCAUACCCCUAUUCUGGUCGCAGGAAACGUCAAGAUUGAAUAUUAAACCAGAUAUUAUAUUAGAAAAGAAGGACCGAAACUACCAUGCAACGAGACUUCACUUUGAGAAUCUUGUCGAGAGAUAUGGAAAUCCUAUUAUUAUAUUGAAUUUGAUAAAGACUAAUGAGAAGAAGCCCCGAGAAUCCAUUCUGCGAGCGGAGUUUGCUAAGGCUAUUGAUAUAAUUAACAAGGAUUUAACUGGGCAGAAUCGCUUGAUGUUCCUUCACUGGGAUCUGAACAAACAGGCUAGAAACAAAGCAAUAGAUGUGCUCCCACUGUUAGGCAAAGUGGCUGCAAAUGCACUGAACCUCACUGGCUUCUUUUACUAUCACGUGGUGCCAACAUCAUGCACCAAUGAAUUGCUAAAUUUGUCAAACUUUGAGAACAAUGAUAAUGGUACUUGCUGUGUAUGGAACAUUUAUUAUUCUAAAAAAGAUGCUGAUGCUGAAACAGGAGAUAACAGCAACAAGACCAAUGCCAAUGAAAAUCACUUAAAGCCUCCUAUGUUUCAAAAAGGGGUCCUGAGGACUAAUUGCAUAGAUUGUUUGGAUCGCACCAAUGUUGCUCAAUAUGCAUAUGGAUGGGUUGCCCUUGGGAAUCAGCUGCAUGCCCUUGGAUAUGUUGACAACCCAAUUAUUGAUAUGAGGUCUCCUUUGGCGAAGGACCUAAUGGGGAUGUAUGAGAGAAUGGGCGACACGCUUGCACUACAGUAUGGUGGGUCUGCAGCACACAAUAAGAUAUUCUCCCAGAGUAGAGGGCAAUGGAAGGCUGCAACUCAGUCCCAGGAGUUCUUUAGAACUUUACAGCGUUAUUACAAUAAUGCAUAUACAGAUGCUGAGAAGCAGUAUGCUAUUAAUGUAUUCUUGGGACAUUUCCAACCUGAACAGGAUAAGCCAGCUCUUUGGGAACUGAACUCAGAUCAGCAUUACAAUAUUGGAAGCCAGGAGUAUAAUAUUACAGAUGAAAAUGCAAGGGUUUUUAAGAGGUCACUCUCAGAUGGAGACAUUGCUUGUGAAAGCAAUUCACCAAUUGAAACACUUGAUGUUGGACAGAAUGAAGAUCGUGACCAGAUUUUGCUUGAUAACACUCGUGGUGGUAACAAGGGCCUUUCAGAAUCAACACCAGAAAUCUCAACUUGUGAAAGUGAAUUAUCUUAUCCCAGGUAUACCGCCUCAAUGUCUACUAGGCAACCUUUUCCAGAUGUGCAGCCAGACCAGUGUCUGCAGAGUGAUGCUAUAUCUGUUGAUGAACAUAGGGAUUUAUUCGACUGGUCAAAUUUUCUUGAUGUGGAUGACCUUUCUUCAUGUGGAAAUUCAUGUGAAGAUGACUUGUAUGACAGAACACCAACAGUCUUGUCCAAUAUUCUGAUCGCUUUGCAAAUUGGGUUGACCGUGGCGACACACUGUUCCUCUGAAGUUCUGCUCAAAAUUCUAUAUCAAUGUCAACUUCUCUUUCCAGCAUUAUCCAACUCAAUUAUACAUCCAGAGGGUGAAUGUCUGACCAGUAUAAUCUGUGCAGGGGACUCGACAUUGGAGAUACAAGGCAAAAGAGGGAAAGAAAAAAUAACCAAAAAGAGUUUGGCAUUGGCAUUGGAGAUACAAGGCAAAAGAGGGAAAGAAAAAACAACAAAAAAAAAAGCCGGGCAUCAGCAUUGGAGAUGCAAGGCAUAAGAGGGAAGGAAAAAAAUAAUCCAAAAAAAAAAAAAAGCCAGGCAUGAGCAUCAAUUGUAGAUCCUGCUGAGGAAGCAAUGUGCAGAUCUUGUAAAUUUGCAGCAUCUAUCCUGAAUUUCCAUAGAUAGUCUGCAGCUAAUUGGCUGUUGAAAUUCUCAGUUGCCAUCAGACAUCAGUUUAUUAACUCAUUAGAUCAAUCAAUAUUGUAAAUAUUUCAGUA